CAUUUAGGCCCCCAAAGUACGCCCGACAUCUCCAUCACAUCCAUGCCAGUGCAAAGGAUCUGUGCCGCAGCAUGCAUGGGUUUCGGGUCUGUCCCACUCCAGUUGUGUCUAGUUUAAGUACACCUCAGGCCCCCAUUGCGUGGUGACAUUUCGCAACUUCGAUCCUUUCGUGUUCUUCGUACUUCAACCUGCCUUCACGAUCUCGACCGAAGCGCAAAACACCAUGGCACCCCUACAGCGUCGCAGCGCAAAUCUCUCGCUCCAAGGCACUGUAGCCGUCAUCGUUCUUGUUGUUUUGUUCCUUUCUGGCGUCUUCUGCACCAUCAUCUUCUUCAAAAUAUGUAGCAAACAGCGGAGGCGCGAGAGGGCCAUGCGCAGGAUGCAAGAAGAGCGCACGCCAUUUGUUGGCGCCCAGUAUAUUGCGCCUGCAGGCGCGCCAAGCAACGGAGACGAACCGCCUUAUGCAGGACAGGAGCCUCUACGGACAGAGCUGCAAAACAAACAACAAUACGAAUAUACCGGCCCGUCAGAGUUACAAAAUGAUCAGGAAAAUACUGGUCCACUAGAACUGCAAGGAGGCGAAAGGCCUGAGCCUUUGCCAGCGCAACAGCUGGACGGAUACGUAGCAGCGCCAACUUUCGAUGACAGCAAACCCAUUGAACUACCCGCGAAUGUAAUGGUGAACGACGCAAACGGAAAAGCCCAAACACAGAGUGGCAAAGCGAAACACGAUAUCUGA